UGCAUAUCAAUCUGUUCACGUAUUAUACAAUUUACAAUUUUAACUAAAGACGUUAACAGAUCCACAAAGAAGAUGUCGUCAAGCCAAGAGUUAAGCCACAAUGCCGGAGAAGCCACCGGUCAAGUUCAGCUGAAGAAGGAAGAGUACUUGAACAAAGUAUCACACGCAAUGGAUCAGAAUGUUGAUCAUCACACUCACCCACAGUCACACGCAGAACAUGAUCAGAACAAUCCUUCCCUAAUCUCACAGGCCUCUACUGUCAUUCAACAGACAGGUGGCCAAGUGAAGAAUAUGGCACAAGGAGCAGCCGACGCUGUGAAAAACACUCUUGGGAUGAGUCCGGCCACCAACAACCCUAGCAGCCCGGCCGGCAGGACCCACCCGAGCAAUCCUAGCAGUCCAGCCGGAACGACCCGCCCGAGCAACCCUAGCUCAAGGAAUAUAUAAACGGAAUAAUUCAAGGAACGUUGGCCUGACUUCUCAAUAUAAACAUAAAUUAAUGUUGUGUUUUAACUUUUUUUUUAUUGCAUUGUUUGUUCAACUUUCUGAUUUUGUGGUAUUUUUGUUAUGAAUUAAUUGUAUAAUAAUAUCAUCCAUUUCUUUUUAAUUUAUAUAAAUAAAAUCAAAAGCCUAUAUGCUAAAUUGCCUCAACAGUGAACCACGGUGCUCCUAGUUUACUUGGUAAUCUGCAUACUAUUGGACCAUGCUCCAGUUAUUAUUUCCAGUGACAUAAUAUACACAAGUACUUAAUUAGCCAUUUUUUUUAAAAAAAUGGGUUGUAUUCUUACUUAAGAAAGCUGUUGUGGUAAUAAUGAAAUAUUAACAAUUGUUCCUGUGUUUGGAUUCACAUUCGAGCUACAAUUUUCGUUCCUGUAUUUGGUUUCACAUUUAAGUUUGUUCCUAUAUAAUGGAAUUGAAAUUGUAAAGAUAAACAAUACAUUGUGUAUUAUAUUUUCAAUUUGGGAGUUGCUCUCUUUUUUUUCUGGUGACUUUUAUGUUUACGAAACAUGUCGCUUCAGGUCAACCUUCUAAUAGAAAAAGCAUUGUGUUUCACUGAGGUUUCGUAGGCUCCUGAUAUCGAAAUACAUGGAACGUCGGACAAAAAUAUAAAAAAAAUACUAUGUAUUGAGAAUAAAGAAACGAGCAUUACCAGAGAAACAUUUGAUAUUAAUAUUAUUCACACUGUGUUUGUGACACGUGACAGCUUCACAGCAAUUUAAGAAUGACUAUGAUGACGUGUACGUAUAGAAAGCUUCUCAGUCAAACUCUAUAUAAAUGUGUUUACAUUAUGUAUUAUUUUACGUUUUUUUCAUUAUAAAACUCAGAUGCGUGAUUCUACGGAUUAUACAAAAGUUUCACAUCUCCUAUAUAUUAAAAGAAAAACAUUUGACACUAAUGUGUUUACACUGAGUUUGCCGCAUGACAACCUCACAACAAUUUAAGAAUGGAUACACUGACGUGUCACGUGUAGAGAAAUUCUCAGACAAACUCUAUAUAAAUAUGUGUUCACACUAUGUACUAAUUUACGUUUUUUUUUCAUUAUAAAAUUCAGAUGCAGAGUUUCACGGGUUAUACAAAGGUUCCACAUAGAAAUAUAAUUUUCAAACAAAAAAUCACUAAUAUCUAGGCCUAUUUUAUUUUUACUUAAUUUUAUUUUAAGAAUUUUAUAUUUCAUAUGUUAUUUUGAACAAAAAUGUCUUUUAAUGUUAAUUAACAGUAUAUUUAUAUAUUUAUCAAUCACCUUUAUAUACUUUUACAUACACAUAUAUGUACACAUUGACGUGAACACCUAUAUAACUAAAUAUUCACCACAAGUGAUGAUUCUAAUUCUCUUAGAAGUUGGAAUAUUUUAUUUUUAAUGCUUUCUUUCACCAUCGACCAAAUUGAAAUGAAAUAAUUUGUCUUAUUUUUUUUUAAUUCUUCUUCAACUAUUAUUUAUAUUUAAUUUGACUUUUCAUGCAUUUAAAAUUUAUAAUAUGAAACCACUGGUUCGACACCAUGAAUGUCUAAAAUUCAUAUAACAUGAAAUCACACAAAUAAUAAUAGUUUUUGGUUAUCACUAGAAAGACCAAAAACGUCAAGCAUUUUAACCGAACAAACCAAAAUAAAUAUGGAUUUAGAAUGACAAUUAUAUUUUAAUUGGAUAAAAACCGAAAACAACUUAAAACCGAACCGAUAUCAAAAUUAAAUAGACCUAAUGUAAUAAAUGAGAAUUGACUUAUCAUUAUAAUUUUAUUUUGACGUUACUCGUUACCAACUUUUGAUUUUGCAAUAUAAACCCAUCAAACGAUUGCAUCUCCAACUAUGUUGCAUGGAAGCGUGUCUCACGCAAUGCCGUGCGAAGAGUUUUAGGGGUAUGAGGCAAGUUUUAAAAAUAAAGUUAUUUACAACUGUAAUAAAAACAACUUUCUAAUAUGAUGUAUCUUUUUCACCAAAUACACAAAAUCUAACACUGAAAAAAAAUAAGUUUAUUACGUCAAUAUCCUAUAUUAUGUCAUAUAGAAAAAUACAUGAAUUCAGAAAGUGGAUUAGUCAAUUUUCGUAGAAAUGUUUUUUAUUUAAAUAAAUGUAAAUCAAUAGACUAUAAAUUAUUUUAAAUUUUGGGACCCUGAAGAAGUCAUAUUAAUCGGAGGCCUGAGACGAGUAUCUUUUUCAAUACACCCAGAGCCGGCCCUGGCCCGAAGCCAAUGAAGCAUGGGCUUCCAGCCUUUAAUUUUAUAAGUAUAUUAUCAGCCACAAAAAUCAUCAAAGGUUGCUUUAGUCCAGCGGUCUGGUGUCUCUGACUAUUAGAAGAGGUGCAGGGUUCUAGGCAACCCAGCCACAUAAUUGUUUUUGCUUGUGUAACCUCAUUAAUUCAAGGACCGGCUCUGAAUACACCGUAGGCACGUCUCACGUACUGAUUCCUGGUUCCGAAACGGAAACGGAAACGGAGUCGGAAGCAUGCGGAAUCGCCGCUGACUUUCUCUCUUCUCCUCGCCGUUGCUCGUUAUUCUUCUAUCUCCCUCGUGUGCAUUCUCCUUUUUACCAUUUUCCUAGCAGUUUGAGUUGAAACAGUUUCACUCUUGUUUUGUUCAGUUGCUAUACUCUGGUCUCAUGUGUAGUUACAGUAGUGAAUUUACUCGUCUGAACUUUGUGAUCGAUCUUCAUUGCAGACAACUGCUUUGUUUUACAAUUGAAGUUCAUAAAAACCAUUUUACAAUUGGUAGAGGUUUUGCUAUGCUUGACUGCUUCUGGAAUUUGAGCUGUAAUGCUUAUUCUUUUCUUACUUUAUUAUUGAGUUGACACUAACAUUUGUAACAUUAACACACACUAUUCAUGCACUAUGCAAUUUUGAGGUGAUCAAUAACAAUAAAAAAAAAAAAGCUUCGGAUUCUACUGUUUAAAGUGGUCUAAACCACAAAAUGAUCUGUCUUUUAAAUUGUAUUUUCCAUUGAAACAACAAGAC